CGUGUCAAUGACGAGUUUGCAGACCUUAACAGAAUAUCCUCUUAAUGACAGAGAUAUUAAUACAAUGCUUCACUUGUAUGGACCUUCACAGAAUGGACCUACCGCCACUCUAGAUCUCCCGACUUUUGGGUGAGACAUUUUGUAACAUAAGUGAAGAAAAGGUUAUGGACAAUGUCCAUGGCUUAAGGAAUAACGUUCCAUCUUAGGGCCAUCAUUUGUUUUAAACAUUUUUCCGUUCCAGUCGAGCAUGCCCAGACUAAAUACAGGAUAUCCACCUCUAAAAAUAUUCGGUGAAAAAAUAAACUUGUUGCUGGAGAAAAUCAUACUCGUAAAGCCUAAAUUAGGAAUGUAGGAUUGUCACAUACCGUGUGUUUUAAAGUAGGCCUAAAGACCAGGACCUCCGGAAAAAAUUUCUUCCUGAACAAGUUGGAUCUUGAAGGUGACUCACUGGACCGAUUUUUCCCAUAUGGGGGAAUAUACUGACUCUGACAUUUAAUCAACGGGACAAUGACAAAUCCCUAAAGAUGAUUAGAUAGAACUUCAAGGGUUUCCUCAAAAUUUGCGCUUUGGCCUUCCUUAUAGCAGCCGUGGCUUAUAACAGAAAGCUAGUAUUCCUAUCGAGUCCUAGUUCACUCCAUAGUGUCAUCAUAAGUCUUCGGUGAAUGAGAGAAAAGGGCCAUAGGCCCUACACCAGUUUACGUCGCACCCAUGAUGGAAAGGGAUGCACAUAGGCCCGGGUUUGCCAAAAUUCCUCAUGACUCAUACAUUGAGUCACCUCCAAAUAGGACGUCUUUUUCUCAACUCCAUUAAGUUUCCAGAUAGCCACACUGUCAUCGAUAAUCACUGUGUUGGAACUGAGCAGUGGAUCACGUGAGCAUGGUGUUGUGCCGUAGGCUUACGUACUUAAAAUUUCACGAGGUUAUCGGCAAGUGCGUACAUUAACCAUCUGUCAUUGCGAUCUUGCAGAGGAGUUGGAACAUGGCCAGUUAAUCUUUGACGUCUCUCCUUGUCGCAUUGGGCCAUUUAAUCGUUGCCAUAAUGCGCGCCAGCAGCUGUGAAAAUCCUUAAGUACAGCUCUCCGUGUUCAACGGCUCAUAGAAUGGACAUGAUGGAUAUAUACGUGAGUCCGGAUGACGAGGAUUCUGACACCAUCUCCACCAAAGUUGCUGAAAAGUGCAAUCCACACAAGGUGGUGUGGCUGAAAUGUAAGGCCAAGGCCGAAAGAGCCCUCAACAUUGUGAAAUUCCCUCCGAGAGAUGAGCAGCAAUCAUCCGACCACCACCCCAAUCCAGACAAUAGCAUAGAGCUGCAGCAGGCACCCCUGAUGGCUGACCAGGACACGCAACAGGACAUGCAUACUAUCAAGCAUGACAAUACCUUAAGGGCGCCAAUGAUGAAUGAGCGUCAGUUUGAGCACACAAGGGUGCAUGUUGAGACGGCCGAGCAACUCGACAUGAAGGACAGGGACCCGACAGAUAUGAAUAAACACGUCAGGGUUUGGUUCGAGGAGGUUCUAGCCGAACCUGAAGGCAUGCAUAGCUUUGACAGGGUCUGGCGGUUCAGUUUUGUCACAUUCACUACUGUCAAGUCCUGGUCUUACCGCUUCUGUACGUUGCUCUGCGGUGUCCCCUUCGCCAUCUGCUGGGGUGUCUACUUUGCUUGUCUCACCUUCCUGCACAUCUGGUACGUAGUUCCUUGCAUCAAGUCCUGCCUGAUCGUUCUUCACUGGGCCAGCAAGUUGUGGACAUUGUGUAUCCGCACUUUUUGCGAUCCAUGCUACGAGUCUAUGGCAAAGAUCUUCAGCAACAUUCACCUUACCAGCUAUCGACAAUGACCAAAACUGGCGGCAACU